CACCUUUUUAAGAACUUCGCAGACUCGAACGGUCGACAGUAAGUAAAAGAGAAUUAGGAAGAAAGACACAAGUAGCAGCUCCACAACUGCUCCCCUUCAAUAUAGAUCUCUCGUAGGAAAAUAAUUAACCCUACACUUACCUACCAGUAUUACUCCCCUUCACCGGUACCAUCCUCAUGGUUGGGACUCAGAGGGCUUCUUAGGUUUCUUCUCAGACUUAUACCCAGUUAAGUUUUCUCAAUGCUUCACCCUUCUUCAAGUGAAGACGGGAAAACGCCCUCAUAAGUUUGUGGUCCGAAGGAUCGCCAGGAGGAUCGCCCUGGGGGUCGUCCGGGGGAUCAUCCUGUACAGGAGUAGUUGUGGGAACAAUGGCUGACUCGGCCGUCGUUGGCUUCACCCCAUCUUCGGACGAUGUCUUUGGCGAUGGGGGUGGGAUUGGCGUCACACUGCUAGAUGGUGGGACUAUAGGCACCGAAGUGCCCAGAUCUGUAGCGGUUGGGGUCUCCGUUGGUGGAUGAAUGGAGGUGCUUGUCGGAGGAACCGGAUGCUCACUGGUUGGAGGCUGCACUGGUGUGCUUGUAGGGGGAACCGGUUUAGUUGUUGGAGGAAUCGGUUUGGUUGGAUGCUCACUGGUUGGAGGCUGCACUGGUGUGCUUGUAGGGGGAACCGGUUUAGUUGUUGGAGGAAUCGGUUUGGUUGGAUGCUCACUGGACGGAGGCUGAGCAGGAGUGCUUGUUGGAGGGCCUGGCUUGGUUUUUCCUGGAGUGCUCGACGGGGGGACAGGUUUGGUUGUUGGAGGUUGAACUGGAGUACUGGCUGGAGGGGAGCUGCUGCUAGGCUGAGGCUUCACUGAAGAGUGUACGGUUGGAACUUGAACAGUGGGCGAUGUUGGCGGACCUCCUGGUCCCGUAGUAUCGGGUUUGGUGGAUGGGGAUGAACUACCUCCUGGCACUUCCCCGCCGCUGCUAGGACCUAUGGGGAGAGUUGGGCAUGGGGGUUGGCCUGGCUCACUUGGGCCAGGGCCAGGUGGGAUUCCACCGGUGUGACUCGGACUGGGGCCCGGCGGAACUCCUCCUGUCUGACUGGGGCCAGGGCCAGGUGGGAUUCCACCAGUGUGACU